AUGGCUUCCUCGCCCUCUUCCCCCACCACCGCGCCGCCAGAGCCGGUGGCCCCGCCGUCCCCAUGGACCAUCACAGACGGCGCCAUCUCCGGCACGCUACCAGCAGCCGAGGUCUUCGCCGUGCACUACCCGGGCUACCCCUCCUCCCCCGCCCGCGCCGCCCGCACCCUCGGCGGUCUCCCCGGCAUCGCCAAGGUCCGGAGCUCCGAUCCCGGCGCCCGCCUCGAGCUCCGCUUCCGCCCCGAGGACCCCUACUGCCAUCCAGCCUUCGGCCAGUCCCGCGCCUCCACUGGCCUUCUGCUGCGCCUCUCCAAGCGUAAGGGAGCUGCGGCACCUUGCGCCGAGGUGGUCGCUCGUGUCCGGACUGCCUACCACUUCGAAGGUAUGGCAGACUUUCAACAUGUUGUUCCAGUGCAUGCUGCACAAACGAGAAAAAGAAAACAUUCAGAUUCUCAAAAUGAUAACGAAAGGAAUUUAGAUAAGACAGGACAUCAUGAAGCAGAUGGAGAUGUCAUGAUGUUGGUGCCCCCAUUCUUCUCAGUGAAGGAUAGACCAACAAAGAUAGCGCUUCUACCAUCGUCCAAUGCCCUAUCUAAAACCAUGCACAAGGGAGUCAUACAAGAACGGUGGGAGAUGAACGUUGGACCAACUCUUGCCCUUCCGUUCAACACUCAAGUUGUCCCGGAGAAGAUUAAUUGGAUAGACCACGUUCGAAAGAAUUCUGUAGAUUGGGAUUGGCAAAUGGCUGUCUGCAAAUUGUUUGAUGAGCGUCCUGUGUGGCCAAGGCAAUCACUUUAUGAACGGUUGCUUGAUGAUAGUGUGCAUGUCUCUCAAAGCCAAUUCAAAAGGCUUCUGUUUAGAGCUGGAUACUACUUCUCUACUGGACCCUUUGGAAAAUUUUGGAUCAGAAGAGGAUAUGACCCUCGUAAAGAUUCUGAGUCACGAAUAUAUCAGAGAAUUGAUUUUCGCAUGCCUCCUGAGCUACGGUAUCUUCUAAGGCCAAAGAAUUCUGGGGCUCAAAAGUGGGCAGAUAUGUGCAAGCUUGAAGCAAUGCCAUCACAGAGUUUCAUCUUCCUGCAAUUAUAUGAACUGAAGGAUGACUUUAUUCAAGCAGAAAUUCGAAAACCUUCUUAUCAAUCAGUUUGUUCACGUUCUACAGGUUGGUUUUCUAAGCCAAUGAUCAAAACCCUGAGGUUGCAAGUGAGCAUCAGGUUCCUCUCUUUAUUGCCCAAUGAAGAGGCUAAAAACUUGUUGAGGAAUGCCCAUGAACUUAUUGAAAGGUCCAAGAAGCAGGAAGCCCUUUCGAGAUCUGAGCGGUCAAAAGAAAAUAAUGAUGCUGAUGAAGUUCCUGCCACACAAACUGGAACUGAGGAUCAAGUUGGCCCUAACAACUCUGAUAGUGAAGAUGUGGAUGAUGAAGAAGAGGAAGAGGAAUUGGAUGGUUAUGAUUCUCCACCUAUGGCAGAGGAUAUUCAUGAUUUCACCUUAGGUGAUUCCUAUACAUUUGGUGAAGGCUUCUCGAAUGGAUACCUCGAAGAAGUACUGCACAGCUUGCCAUUGCAGGAAGAUGGCCAAAACAAAUCAGGUGAUGCUCCUAUCAACGCUGAUGCAAGUGAUGGGGAGUUUGAAAUUUACGAACAGCCCAGCGAUGAUGAAGAUUCUGAUGGUUAG